AUGCUUCACAACCUCAUGGUGGUUCCAGCAGACCUGGGUCUUCUUCCCUCACUAAUUCGACCCACUCCAAGCGAAGUGGAGACUGCAACUACUGUUGUGCAACGUCAAGUCUUCCGGCGGAUUCAACUACCAUUAGACAAACUUCUUCAUGUGCAGAAGGUUACAAAGGCCAGUUUUUCUGAGAUCUCAAUGAGUCUUCUUUCCGGAGCCUUAAGAGCUUAUCAACAGGUUAGAACUAGUGCUUAUUUCACCAAAGAAUCAUAA